AUGUCGUCCUGGUCCCAAUACUCUUCGCAAGAGCUCCAGCUUGACGUAAACGGCUUGACCCUUGCAGUGAUCUCUCUUGCUGGGUUUGAAAGACGUCUAGCUUGGGUCUCGAACUUGAAGGACACCAGUGAUUCCAUGCCCCAGGGAUACAAAAUGAGCUUUCUGAAAGCCAUGAACGAUACCACGCACCAUAUGAUAUCCAUUCUGCUCCUGCCGCAAUGUCUACUGCGUCUAAGCCCCAAAUGGAAUGCCGCACCUGCUCAUAGUCAACUCAGCUUAUACUUGCGGAAGAUGAUCCGCAACGAAAGAAGGAGGAUUGAAUCAGCAUCAGAAGCCACAGCUAGCGUUGACGGUCAGGGCAAAGAAAGAGAAAAUGCAUUCACCGAGGACAAAGUGAUGGGUAACGUGUUCAUAUAUCUGCUUGCAGGUUAUGAAACAACCGCGAAUGCGAUUCUCUACGAUUUCAUCGUCUUGGCUCUGCUACCGGAGCUGCAGGCGAGAAUGAUGGGUGAGAUAGACCGGGUAUACGCAGAUGCUGCAAAAGCAGGCCGCACAGAACUGACCUAUGGCGACAACUUCGAAAAGCUGCAAUACACAUAUGACAUCAUGGUAUUAGAAGCCUUCCGCCUCUUCCCCGGUGUGGUUAUUGAUCAUGAAAUUGGUCCACGAAGCCACCUAUACCAGCGUUGCCUCUCCAUCAUCAGGGGAGACCACGCCAUAUUUGUUACCUGCUGGUUGUCACCUGUACCUCACUCACCUGCCACGCAUUACUCGGAACACUAUCGGUCCUCACUAUUGACUUUGGAUCCCAGACGCUGGGUCGAAGCACCAGCUGCGGCUCCUGCGGAAGAUGCUACUAUACCCGAGAAGAAGGUUGUGGCAGCCCACAAAACAAGGCAAGUGGGCGAUAAGUUCUUCAUAUUCUCAGACGGCGCAAGAGCGUGUCUAGGGAGCAAGGUCGCUCAGGCAGAGUACAUUACGUUCCCAGCAAGGCUAUUUCACAAACACCAAGUGAUUAUGCGAGAGAGCAUGGAUGCGGUGGCUAUGGAAAAGGAUUAG